AUGAACCGGCACCUAUCGACGAUACUCUGCCUGAGGAACAGCUACUCUUGGUGGAAGUCUGGGAAAAGCGUAGGUUUGGCAGUUCGGUUAGAGCAGUUGAAGGCAGUUGAGGAAAAGGAAGCGCCUUGGUAUGCAGAUUACGCCAACUACUUGGUGUGUGGAGAGGUCCAGCCGAUCUAUCUCCUUACCAGAAGAAGAAGUUCUUCAGGGACAUCUCACACUUCUUUUGGGACGAACCAUACCUGUUCAAGAGAGGAUCAGAUGCUUCCAAAGGUUCUUCAAGCCGGAUUCUGGUGGCCAAGCCUUUUCAAAGACACUCACGACUUCAUUGCAAGGUGUGAUAGAUGCCAACGAGAAGGGAGCAUUUCCAAGCGCAAUGAAAUGCCACAAAACCCGAUACUUGAGGUGGAAGUGUUUGAUGUAUGGGGCAUCGACUUCAUGGGCCCCUUUGAGCCACCUUCUCAUGGGAAUAGAUACAUCCUAGUGGCAGUUGACUAUGUGUCCAAGUGGGUCGAGGCAAUCGCUUCCCCAACGAACGAUGCCAAGGUUGUGCUCAAGCUGUUCAAAAGCAUCAUCUUCCCGAGAUAUGGAGUGCCAAGGGUUGUAAUAAGCGAUGGAGGAAGCCACUUUAUCAACAAAGUCUUCGAGAACUUGUUGAAGAAGUAUGGAGUCAAGCAUAAGGUAGCGACACCAUACCAUCCUCAGACAAGUGGUCAAGUGGAAGUGUCGAACAAGCAGAUAAAGGGGAUCCUCAGGACGAUUGUGGGAGUCACCAAGAAGGACUGGGCAGUUAAGUUGGACGACGCUCUCUGGGCUUACAGGACCGCCUAUAAGACGCCAAUAGGAAGGACACCUUUCUCGCUCCUUUACGGGAAAUCGUGUCACCUUCCGGUGGAGAUUGAGUACAGAGCACUUUGGGCAAUCAAACUGCUCAACUUCGACAUCAGGUCUGCCCAAGAGAAGAGGGGUUUCGACUUACAUGAGUUGGAAGAGAUCAGGCUGGACGCAUAUGAGAGCUCCAAGAUUUACAAAGAACGGACUAAGGCAUUUCACGACAAGAAAAUUGUGCCUAAGGUCUUCAAGGUUGGAGAAUAUGCGCUGCUUUUCAACUCGAGAGCUAAGUUGUUCCCUGGGAAGCUCAAGUCCAAGUGGUCGGGCCCGUUUGAGAUUAAGGAAGUCCUUCCUUAUGGAGCUGUCACUUUGCUUAACCAGAAUGGCGAGGAGUUCACGGUGAAUGGCCACAAGCUCAAACCGUAUUUGGGCCAACGCAUUCAAGGAGAAGGAGUCUCAACUCCUCUUCCGGACGCUCCCUUAGCCUAA